AUGUCCGGACUGAGGGAGUCGGCUUUUCUGCCGACGAUCAAGUGUUCGUCAUGCGGCAUGCAGGUGGAAAUCUCCAUGAUGGGAGAACACGCGUGUCCCGGGCCUGGCCCGGCGGUUGAGCUAUCGCCGCCUCCUGACAGCAACGCCAAGUUCCAAGAUCCGCCUCCCAGGUCAGCCGACCACAAGAUGUACAUGGCUCCAGGGCCGUUGACCCCUGUGAGCGCCGGAGGUUCGCGGAGCGUCUCACCAGCAACACCAUCCAGACCAUCCUUUGCCGACCAAGCAAGAGACUUCUUCUCGUUCGGCGCUGCGAAAGCGGACGAGCCCUCACAGGCGCCCAAUAAACUCGACAUAAAUGGCCAUCGCAGCUCGAAGAGCGUGGCCGCUGUGACAUCCACACCAGCUUCCACCAAACCUCUGGGUUUCAUGGAACGCAUGAACACCAUUGCUCCUGGGCCAUUUGACGCCACCCAGCGACCCUCGACGUCCCACGGGGCCUUCCCGGCGAAGAAGGAGUCGACCUCACGGUUCGACAUGCCUGUAUCAGCAGAGCCGGCCUUUAUGAAUGAGCGACCAGGAACAAGCAGCUCCAGCUUGUCUUCUGGGAGCAGCGGCGUCCCUUCCACCCCGCAGCAGCCCCGGAGGAACAACUACGAAGGAUUCGGUCCGCCGUCUGGGCGCGGGCUAGAUCCCAACGGCAUGGCGCCGCCGUUGAGAGCCGAGACCUUUCCGGGCCCAUCGAACGGCGAAACCCCGCGGCGACCAUCGUAUUCGAGUCCCAGAUCCGGUCCGCUGGCUACCGCGGGAGCCCCCCAAGGCGAGCGACGACCUUCCCUGGCUCCUGACACGUCGAGAAAACCUCCGCCGCGCAAGAGCCUCAUCCCCCAGCACUUGCCGACGGCCUCCCUCAACUUGGCCGCCGAGUUUGGUGCCAGCAACCCGUAUCACAACUCUACAGACUCUGCCUCUUCAGGCUACUCGACUUUUAGCAACCAGAGCCAGGGCACAGCGCAGACAAGCCCGGCAAGGUCCGAGGCGCGCAACAGCAUACCGGACGCGCUCAGAGUCAGAUCACAGGACAAACCGCGUCCAUCCAAUCUCCGACUCGACCCGGCAGCGGAGAUCGCCCCGCCUGCUCGAUCCCCUGUGCCGCGAUCGCCGUAUCUCAUUCCGGACGGAGAUGACGAACGAGUUGACCCGGCCAUCCAACCUGGCCUUGGUCAGCAGCCGUUCAAGCCAUACAGAGCUUUUAGCCCAGCCAUGUCCUCGACCCCUGCGCCAAGCCAGGAACCACCGGAGCUGGACUUGGGACCCAAGAAUGAAAGCUCUCCCAAACAGCCUUCUCCCAGACAAUCUACCCCUAAACAGCCUUCUCCCAGACAAUCUACCCCUAAACAGCCUUCUCCCAGGCAGUCAAUCCCUAAACAGUCUCCUCCCGGGGAAUCUCUUCCCAGGCAGUCCACUCCCGUGCAAUCUCCUCCAAGGCAGUCCCAGCCCGCACCGGUGGCAUCGACCCCGAGACAGUCACCACCAAGACAAUCGCAGCCUGCACCGGCAGUAUCGCCCCCGAGACAAUCACCGCCAAGACAAUCCCAGCCUGCGGCGCGGGAAUCGCCCCGCAAGUCCGAAGACCGGAAGGGGUCCAAAGAUCUCAAACUUUCGUCUCGCGGCGACUGCAAGGCCUGCGGGCAGCCCAUUACUGGCAAGAGUGUCUCUUCGGCUGAUGGUAGACUGACUGGAAGAUACCACAAGGCCUGCUUUGUCUGUGCCACAUGCGCAAACCCGUUCACCUCGGCAGAGUUUUACGUUCUGAACGACAAGCCCUACUGCGAGCAGCAUUAUCACAAGCUCAACGGCAGCCUGUGCGGAAGCUGUGGACGCGGUAUUGAGGGGCAGUUCCUUGAAGAUGAGUCUCAGACCAAGCACCACCUGAACUGCUUCUGCUGCCAGGACUGCCGCCAGCCGCUUGCGAACGGCUACUUUGAGGUCGACGGCAGGGCCUAUUGCGAGCGAGACGCCCUGAGGAGAACCCAGCCGCCACCGCCCGCCCCCUACCCUCGAGGACCGCCGGGACGAGGCGGCUACGGAGGCCCUGGAGGCCCUGGCCCACGACCAUACGGACCACCAGGACGCAUGGGACCGGGAGGCCCAGGAGGUCCAGGAGGCCCGGGACCCCGACCGGGCUACGGCCCUCCUGGCCUACCCAGAGGACCUGCCCCUUACGGUGGCCCACGGCCCGGCCGCCCCGGACCCGGCAUGGGACCAGGCAUGGGCCCCGGUAUGGGACCCGGUAUGGGACCCGGCAUGAUGGGACCCGGCCUAAACCCGCGACCCAAGAUGAACAAGAGGAUGACACGAUUGGGCAUGAUGUAA